GCCGUACGCCUGCGUCAAUGCGUGUAAGCCAAUAAUCUGCGGUUGUUUUUUCUUUCCAUGCUCAUUAAGAGGUCGACAACCUUAGCCUUUUGCCUGGGGUCAUUUUUGUCACAUCCGGCCUCGACAUUGGGGAUCGUUCCUCUUCUCGCUUUCCCUCAUUGCCUCUCCUCCUUCCAUUCACCAUCACCGUCACCAUCACCAUCACCAUCACCCCAAUUUCACGAGAAGCCCCUCAAACACAUCGUCCAAUUCAAUUGAAACAUAAAACGACCGUUUAUUUGGGUCACAUUGUCUGAUUCACUCGGUCGAGGAUAUUAAUAUUCACCAGUACCCACACCCACUGCAACUUUCUUUUUUGUGGAGGGAGCCAUUACACGAUUCAAUCCGACUCCAUAUCCAAAUUCACACCCAAUCGAACGGCAACCUGCGAACUUUAACCCCAAAACCCAAACCCAUCCCACGCCACGCCAGCGUAUCAUCAAUCCUACCGUCCGUCCUGCACCGCGGGAGAAGAAGCAGUCGCAGUGGUUGUCCUGGCCCUACGAGUCCUGUACGUACAAAAGUAAAAGUUCAAUGGGAUCGACAACCCAAAGUCUAUCUCAUUAAACUGGUCCCCGGUAGGUAUUUCAAAUCACCAACACUGUCCCAUUCAAUCUUCAAAUCGUCCUAAUCUCCCGAGCGAGUUCCAGCCCAGAUCCAUCGCUUUGCUCGCAUAAGCUAUCCGUCAAAGCCGCCCGUCCUGGUCUUAUCAACAGCGUCCUUCCCCGAAGAAAUUUAAAAUCGACGAACCAUUAACUAUACCGAAUCCAACGCUCGUUCCUUUGAAGAAGAAAAUUCAACGCUCUUCAGCACUUGACGCUUGACAUUUGGCACUAGUUCUGCAGGAGAACUAACCUGGAUCGAACUUAUUAACUUACUUUUGCCUGGUAGCAGCGGCGAAUUAAUUAAUUCCACAACGUUACCAAUAGCUUGCCCAGCCCAUCCCGAUCCUAUUCCAUCCUAUCCCAUUCUACUGAAACUCAAUCUCUCUUCUGCCCUGACCUUUGGAGCGCUCUCCAGCUACCAGAAUUAUUCUGGCAACAACUGAGAUUCUUUUCUCGCUUUCUUGAAGUUUUCGUAUUAAUUUUGGCCCUUCAUGAUGUGUUUCGGCAGCAGGGAGGAUGUCGAGGCCAAGAGGUCCAAAGAGAUAGACGCUCUUAUCCACAGAGAUGAGAAGGUUAUGCAGCGACAAGUAAAAUUGUUAUUAUUGGGUGCUGGAGAAUCUGGAAAGUCAACAAUUCUCAAACAGAUGAGACUUAUUUAUACCGAUAAAGGUUUCUCAAAGACUGAAAAGGAAGAAUGGCGCAUUAUUAUCUUUCACAACAUCUUGGAUGGCUUGAGAAUGACAGUGGAGGCCAUGAAUGAUUUCAAUACUCCCUUCGAACACGAAAACACCAAACAAUACCUUCCAAUGAUUACAGAAGAAAAGGACCUUAGACCAUGCGAACCAAUUCCUCUCGAAUAUCUUAAGGCAUUCAAAGAUAUGUGGGCAGACUCAGGUAUCCAGAAGACUGUUGAGAGAGGAAAUGAGUUUGCUCUGCAUGAUAAUUUAGGCUAUUUCUUCGAGGACUUAGACCGUCUCUUCAGCAAGGAAUUCGUCCCAACCGAUCAAGAUGUUCUUCGUGCCAGACUAAGAACCACCGGUAUCACCGAAACACACUUUGAUCUGGGCUCAUUGCAGUACAGAAUGUUCGACGUUGGAGGGCAAAGAUCGGAACGAAAGAAAUGGAUACAUUGCUUCGAGAAUGUCAAUGCAUUGCUAUUCCUAGUUGCCAUCAGUGGCUAUGAUCAGUGUCUAGCUGAAGACAAGGAUGGAAAUCAAAUGCAAGAAGCUUUAAUGCUUUGGGAGUCGAUUGCUAACUCUCAUUGGUUCAAACACUCCGCAUUGAUCCUCUUCUUGAACAAGAUCGACUUGUUUAAAGCAAAGAUCGGUCACAGCCCGAUUACCAAGUUUGGUUUCUCCGAUUUCCAGGGAGAUACUACAAGCUGGCAACAAACCUCGAAAUACUUUAUGGACAAGUUUAUUGCUCUGAACCGAAGCCCUGGACGCGAAGUUUAUGGCCAUUUUACAAACGCCACCGAUACCGAUCUCCUCAAGGUCACAAUGAGCUCCGUACAAGACAUGAUCAUACAGAGAAAUCUUCAAAAGCUGAUCCUUUGAUAAUUAACCUCUGUCUGUUCGGAGCCAAGCCUUCAAGAUUCCCCCCAGAAAAAGCAUGACCCCUCUCUAUCUGAGCAGCACAGAACCCCCGUUAAUAUAACUACGACCAUCUGCUGCGGUGAAUAUUAGUCCGCCUUGAAAAUAUUCAACCGCAUCUGAUUCUGGUCUUUUUAUGAGACGUCCCAGCGACGCCAGACAAAAGCUCCAUCUUACACCGCAUAUGGAGCAAAUUUCUUUUCGCCAAAAUACCCACACACUUCUUUAACACGCUUUUUUCUUUUUUCUUUCUUUUCUUAAUUAUUUGAUUCGAGGGCCGAUGAGAGAUUUUUCGUCGAAUUUUCGAAUAUAAGAUGGCUUGUAUAAUACAACAAGCGUAUUGAUCUAUUGGAGACGCGAUCCGCAUCAAUUAGCUGUUCAUACACGACUUCUCUCUUGAUCAGACAGCUGGCGGCAUCAUCUUCUCCAAUUGUUUCUCUUCACUCGAGGAUAUACAAUGCGCACAAUUCACAGCUCUGCCUUUAUACGAUGUUGAACGACAGUGGAGGGAGUUACAAUUGCAUGGAGAGGAGGAUGGAGAGAACAAAGGGAGUUUAAUCUAAUAUUUCAAGGAUGGGUAUUGACUGAUUGGAAUGAGAGAAACGAACUUGGGGAUGGGAUAUGUUUUUGAAUUUUUCAUGCAAUUAGUUGGUUGACCUCGCUUCACUCUGGCGGUUGUUGGUUUCAUUCUAGAUUCUAUUGAGGGGAAGGGGGAUACGUAGUAGGGGAUAAAGAGAACGUUUGGAGUAUGCAUGUCACUGCGCAUGCAGGAGGAUGAUAUCGGACGGAGGGUAGUGUGGGAGUAUUCGGCAGUUGAAGCGAAGGUGGAAGAUUGAGAUAUGAUACGAAGCGAGUGAUUGAUUAAUAGAGAAAUGAAACACAUAACCA